CCACCCUCUGCGUCUCGCGCCGUCGCUUGUUUUUAUUCGCAUCGCUUUCACAAUCAAUGUGGUGGCCGGUGAUGUGCUGGGCGCACAAGGAAUGACCGCAGUAAACUCGGUGACCAGCAAUCUGAAGGUCCAGCAGGACCUCCUCGUCGGAGUGAUGUUUCUUUCUUGCCUCCGAGACGCACUGCAAGUGGAAAUUUAAAGUCGCCCCAGGCCUAGAUUCCUAAACACCAUGGAGACUGUAUCUCUGGAGCUACAAGUUGAAAGUGUGGAGAGGAGCAUUGCCUUUCUACGCAAAGAGCAGAUGACUCUACUACGUGACCUUCACUUAGAAGUUCUAAGUCUUCAGAAGCGAUGUGCUGAGCUAACCUGUGAGCUCAGCAUGAAAGUGCCUGAGGAAAGUCAAAGAGAGGUAGCAGAAGAGACAGAACUGAAUCGGUGUUGCCAGCAGGCCGAGGCUAGACUCUGGGAGCAAGAAUGCUACCACAGAGAGCUCGGCAAGGAGCUUAGCCACAAGGGUGCACUAGUGGGAGCAUUACGGGCUAGUCUUAAAAACAAAGAGCGUCACUUCUUGGAAGAGCUGAAGAGACGCAGCCACAAGAUUACAGUGCUCAACACUGAGCUGCAAAAGCAAUCUGAAGCAGCUGCUUACCUUUCCUUUCAGCUGCAUGCUGCUCGCCAAAAACUGCACCAACAGCAUCACCAGCACCCUCCCAGUCGGGUCAGUGACAGACGUCUUGUUCCUGGACCCUCUCUAGUAACCAGUAUCAACCUGAAGCCAAAAAAACGAACCUACCAACCUCCCAGCUGCAUGCUGACUGCAAGUGAGCGUCGUUUAGAGAGGAUUAGAGACUGCAUUCCCAGGGAGAAAGUGAUGGGCCCAGAAGAACCUGCUCCUAUGCCUGACCCUUCCCUGUUCCUACAUCCCAGAGAUCGGCAGAGGCCACAUGUCCUAACGAGGGAGGAUAGCAGAUGUAGACAAACCUCAACAGCCAAUGGUGGCAUCAUGAAUAUGGUAGAAAUUAAGAACAAUGGGGUUAUGGAAGAAGCAGGUUUUAAUGGCCAAGGGGCAAAGGAAGAGGAGACUUUUCAGGGGAAUCCUUCAAGGGCUGCACCUGCAGAAAGAGAGCAGUAAAUCAGAUAGUAGUGGAUUUUUGGAGACACUCCUUCUUGGCUGUAGUUUAAAUAGAGCACUGUAGUCACUGUAGUCUUUUAUUAUAAGGGCAGAGACUACUACAGAUAACUCCACUCCAGUGGAUAUGAGUGCAUUGUACCAUGGGAACGUUACACUUUUUAAUAUCUGUUGGAAUGAAAAGGCAGAGUUUUUGGAAUGCUUGGCUAUCAUGGAUACAUGUAUUUUUUACAAUUUUAUUUGAAGGUGUCUAAGAAAAGCCCAAGCAGACAUGACCACAUUUCUAGCUAGCACACAACAGCCUCAUGACACCUUUGUUUUGUUAUUGGCUAUCAGUAGGAUUGUGGCCUGUGGGUGUAAACUAGUCUGUGCUCUUAACCUUGUUUAUACUAGAGGAGGAGUAUUUUUUUUAAUUUAUGGUAAUAUGUAAUUACAAGAUAGGCAUAGUUAUAAAUAAGUUUAAUUUGUAUUAUACUUACAUACUUAGAUCCCUCAGGUAGUAUUAUUGAAACUAAAAUUAAAUCAAAUGCAAGAAGUGGGCAGGCAAAUUCUUCUGCUUAAAUAUUGUGUUGCCUUCUAGAAUAUGCGUUCAUUAAAUAUAUCCUGGAUGCAGAAUACCAGUUAAGGGCGGGGGAGGGGUAAAAUGUCUUCGAGCUAGAUCACCUAGGAGCACAGAAUGUGUGUGUAUAUACAUGUGCAUGCGUGGAGGAAGAGAUGAGAUGGGUCUGUGUUGUUUACGCCAAGGGGUGAGUGGCUACACAGGCUUUGCCUUACUCCUGUGGCUUUCUAGUUCUAUUAUGGAGGAUCCCUAUGGCUGCUGGGUUUCAUUUCAGCCAAAUUCCUAAUUAAAAUUUAAUAAAUAUUCUUAUUUAUUCAAUCUGCUUUAUUUUUGUCCUUUUGGUAAAGUCCAAAAUAACUAACAGUAGGCAUUUUGAAUUUCUAAAGAAAUUAGGAAAAGACAGAAUAUUCUAUACACAGGCAUGAUAGUACUUUAAACGACUUAGGAUUGUACUCUCACUUUCACCUUGCUGCUUCAAUUAUAAAAGAAUCUUCAUUGUAAGUAUGCAAAUGUUUGAGCAAUAAUUAAUUAGUCACUCCUUGUUGGAGAAUAAUUUAUAUUUGCACACAGUUCUACUAAUCUUUAGCUAUUCCAAAGCAACACUUAAGUUACGCAUCUUAACAAGCAGCAUAAUUAGACAAACAGCUUUCCAACAUUCUCAGACAAGUAAUGUAAAAUACACCCUCAUUUUUGAAAUCUUAAGAAUUAAUAAUGCAAAUAAGGUUGUGAUUAAACAAGGUAUUCAGUUAAAGGCUGGACAUGGCCCAUUAAUAACAAAUGUAUUGGAAUGAAAACCAGCAGCCAUUGAAAACUCCAUGAGUCAAAAAUGAGACUGUCUGACUUUUGCUAUUCAUCCUAUUGUCUCAAGGCCUGGUGUAAACUAAAGCAAUAAUAUUGGGGUGCAAACCUCUCCUUCCCCAGGCAGGAUAUGAAGGUUGAGUCAAUUUGUGGCUGCUUUCCUUAAUUUCUACAGCCUUGUGUGACUUCAUUAUGCCAUCUACUGGUAAUUCUAUUUUUCUUGUGAAACAAGUCUUUGUCAUAAUUUCUGUUUAUAAUGCAAGUACAUAUUUAUUCUGCGAUUUCCGCUUUAUUGAUUUGCAACUUGCACUUUGCUUUCCCAGCCAAGUGUAGCACAUUAGAUCAGUUAUGAUUGACUGGACUUGUAUGAUCUAAAAAGAUAGAGCAUAUCAUUGUAGAACACCUUUGGAAGGCAGCAAGCAUGCUCUAGUACUGUUAUUUUCUGACUGCGCUCACAAGUGUGCCACUUAAGGCAAAAUGUUUUAACACAUAAUCUAUAAACUUUGGUUGUACCUAAGAGUAGCUUAUCCAUACCUAACUUGAAGCUUGUUUUAGUUAGAAAUUCAAAAGAAGACUCUCCAACAAACAUUUGAAAAAAAAAAAAAUAUAAUCCAUCUACCCAGUCUGACUGGAAUGCACAGUAAACUAUACAACAUGAGACAAGCAGAGCUCAGGACAAAUCAACUGCAUGCCAAAAUGAGAGGCAUUUUUUAUAUAAUUUUCAUUUUUAAGGGAGAUCUUUACACACAUACUCGAUAAUGUUCAGUAUUAAGCUCAUUAAUCCUCACAAUCAUUCAUUGGCUGAAAAUGAUAAUCCUCUUGAUUGUUUAAAAAGUAGAAAAGAAUCGAAACAUGUUGAAAAUGUAGGGGGAAGGGGGGCUUAUACUAUCUAUUGAAGCCAUUUGAGCUUACUUUAGAGAUCAGCCAUAACUGCACAGAAAAAAUAA